CCCAUGGCACUUAUUGUAAGAGUAGGGGUGUUAACCCCGGUGUUCUAGCUAAAUGCCCAAUUUGGCCUUCAUACCAUCAUCUCCAGUUUACAAUUGGCUCAUUCAUCCACCUCCUCUCCCCUGUAACUAUUCCCAAGGUCGUUGCUGUAAAUGAGAAUGUGUUCUCAGUCGACUUACCUGGUAAAAUAUGGGUUAAAGAAACAUAACACACUGUUAACUAGCUAAGUCACAGACUUGAUACAUUUCUAUAAUAGUUUAUAUAAUCCCUAGCUAUAUAAAAUGUCUCAUUUGUAUAUCAUCUGAUGAUUCAGUUGUCAGUGGACAUCAACGUGGUGCUGAAACACAUGGCCAACUUUGUCAGAACAAGAUUCAUUCAUUAAUUAAGUCCUUUGCAAUAAUUGGGUACUGAAAUGUCAACAUUCUAGGCCCAUAAGAACAUGACAUGAGUUCUGAAGGGUCAACUGGUGUUUGUAUGUAUGUACCCAAGCCAACAUGAUGUCCUAGGAAAUAGUGCAGGUGCUCAUGACACCGGCUACAUUGCUAAGACCAGUUUUAGCUUUUUGCCAAUUCUUCAAAUGGAGUCUUCAACAUUGGUCUGGUCAAAGAAGGAAAUUCAAUACUUUGGUUCUGGGGUGCAGACGUGUUGUAGCAUAAUAAAAAGGAAAUAAAGAUAUCACCCAUUUGUAAAAGGAAAGUGUUCCCCUUUUGACUUUUGAUAUUUUAGCCUAUUAAUUUCUUUAUUAAUGUGACCUUUGCAUGCAGCACUUGAUUACAUCCUUCUGCAGCGUGAAAGGGAAAUGCGCAGUAACCUUUUCAUGUUAUUUGAGGAAAAGGACAUGACAUAGCCGAACCGCGGCACAUUGUAGGAUCUGAGCUGUCCUAUUUCUGUGUUGGUUGUUGGGUUCAUUCCAUUUUGGAAUGGUGAUGGGAAAAGAGAAGGGAAUGGGGCCUGGCCGAUAUAUAAAAAAAAAUAAGCUUUGUCUAGUCUGUCACACUACUCACAUUCAUGCCUCAACCACAGGCGAGACCGCGACAGGGACCGCGACGAGCGGUCGAAGGACAGGCACAGAGACCGGGAUGUCAAGCCCUCUGGCAUGGCCCUGAACCCGGCUGUUGGCAGCGCAGGCCUCUCCCACAAGCAGACGGCCAUGCAGCAGCAGAUCAACCCGUUCACCAACCUGCCCCACACGCCGCGUUACUACGAGAUCCUGAAGAAGAGGCUGCAGCUGCCAGUGUGGGAGUACAAGGAGCGCUUCAACGACAUCCUGGGACGCCACCAGAGCUUCGUGCUCGUCGGAGAGACGGGCUCCGGCAAGACCACGCAGAUCCCGCAGUGGUGUGUGGACAUGGUGAAGGGGUUGGGCGGACCUAAGAAGGCAGUGGCCUGUACCCAGCCCAGGAGGGUGGCAGCCAUGAGCGUGGCCCAGAGGGUGGCCGACGAGAUGGACGUAAUGCUGGGCCAGGAGGUCGGUUACUCCAUUCGAUUUGAGGACUGCAGCUCGGCCAAGACCUUCCUCAAGUACAUGACAGACGGUAUGUUGCUGCGGGAGGCCAUGAACGACCCUCUACUGGAGCGCUACGGCGUCGUCAUCCUGGACGAGGCCCACGAGAGAACGCUUGCCACAGACAUCCUCAUGGGUGUCCUCAAAGAGGUGGUCCGACAGAGGUCAGACCUCAAGGUCAUCGUCAUGAGCGCCACGCUGGAUGCCGGCAAGUUCCAGGUGUACUUUGACAGCUGUCCACUGCUGACCAUCCCGGGACGCACGCACCCGGUAGAGAUCUUCUACACGCCGGAGCCCGAGAGGGACUACCUGGAGGCAGCCAUCCGCACCGUUAUCCAGAUCCACAUGUGUGAAGAGGAGGAGGGCGACUGUCUGCUCUUCCUCACUGGACAAGAGGAAAUCGACGAGGCCUGCAAGCGCAUCAAGAGGGACAUCGACGACCUGGGACACGACGCGGGGGACAUCAAAAUCAUCCCGUUGUACUCGACGCUGCCGCCCCAGCAGCAACAAAGGAUCUUUGAGCCGCCACCACCCCGCAAGCCCAGCGGAGCCAUCGGGAGGAAGGUCGUGGUUUCAACAAACAUCGCCGAGACAUCCCUGACCAUCGACGGCGUGGUGUUUGUAAUUGAUCCCGGAUUUGCCAAGCAAAAGGUAUAUAACCCUCGUAUCAGAGUGGAGUCCCUCCUGGUGACGGCCAUCAGCAAAGCCUCGGCCCAGCAGAGGGCGGGGCGCGCCGGGAGGACACGCCCAGGGAAGUGCUUCCGCCUCUACACAGAGAAGGCCUACAAGACCGAGAUGCAGGACAACACGUAUCCAGAGAUUUUGAGGUCCAACCUGGGUUCGGUCGUGCUGCAGCUCAAGAAGCUAGGUAUCGACGACUUGGUACAUUUCGACUUCAUGGACCCACCAGCACCGGAAACCCUGAUGCGGGCCCUGGAGCUGCUCAACUACGUGGCGGCGCUCAACGAUGACGGCGACUUGACGGAGCUCGGCUCCAUGAUGGCCGAGUUCCCCCUAGACCCGCAGCUAGCCAAGAUGGUGAUUGCCUCCUGCGAGUUCAACUGCUCCAAUGAGAUCCUGUCCAUCACAGCCAUGCUGUCAGUCCCACAGUGCUUCGUACGACCCACGGAGGCUAGGAAGGCGGCCGACGAGUCCAAGAUGCGUUUCGCCCAUAUUGACGGAGACCACCUGACCCUCCUCAAUGUCUACCACGCCUUCAAACAGAACCAUGAGUCGACACAGUGGUGCUACGACAACUUUGUGAACUACAGGUCGCUGAUGUCGGCCGACAACGUGCGCCAGCAGCUGUCCCGGAUCAUGGACCGCUUCAGCCUGCCCCGCCGCAGCACAGAGUUCACCAGCAGAGACUACUACAUCAACAUUCGCAGAGCGCUGGUCACAGGAUUCUUCAUGCAGGUAGCCCAUUUGGAGCGUACAGGCCACUACCUGACUGUGAAGGACAACCAGGUGGUCCAGCUGCACCCCUCCACUGUGCUGGACCACAAGCCGGAGUGGGUGAUGUACAAUGAGUUUGUGCUGACCACCAAGAACUACAUCCGCACCUGCACCGACAUCAAACCAGAGUGGCUGGUGAAAAUCGCCCCGCAGUACUAUGAGAUGGGUAACUUCCCCAACUGUGAAGCCAAGAGACAGUUGGAGCGCAUCGUUGCUAAAAACUCAACCAAGGAAUACUCUCCGUACUAACACUACAAGUGUGUAUGAGAACAAUACCAUCACCACCAGCACUAAGGAAAUCUGAACUCUUUAUCUGAGCACUCUUCAUUUUCUUCAAAAGCAUUUUCUUCUCAUUGGUUCAUAAUGUAUUAUUUUCAUACUUUUUGUUUGGGUCUUCCUUAUUUUGACCACCUGUAGUCAUUUGUGAGUAACAGGUGGUUGGCACUGCGGCUGAUCCGGGUGGGAGUUAGCGGUCAACACAAUUACUGCCAUUGACCAUGGUAAAGCAUGACCAUUUAUGUAGAUGUUGACAUUCCUUUUUAGAAAGUGUGAACUCUUACUGAAAUGUACUUAGGUAGAGACAUUGCAUGCUAAUUCAUUGAACAAACUUUGACUUCAAUUUAAGGAAAAAUACCAGCGUGGACGGUUUAGCACCCACCGUCUUGCUUGUAUAGCUAACAGACUUUGGUGUUAUGUUAGGGGGAGGGGCUCAAUAGGUUGAAAUGUUAACAACGUAAUUGUCUUGUGUUUUAUAUAUUGUUUUUGAGGUUGGAAUAAUACUGUGAAAAUCAUAAUGCCCUUUUAGUGUAAGAGCUGUUUGAAAAGAGCCUGACAUUUCAGCCUGUUUUGAUGGGAUGGACUUUUGUAAAUUAGUUGAUAGACCAAUAAGAAAGAGUUCCACACCUCUGCCAAUUACAGCUAGUUUUUCGUUUUCCCCUCGCCACUCAAACCACUCCCAGACAGUCCAAGCUAAGUUCUUGCUUGAGAAAUUGCUUUCUUUUUGACCAUUUUAAUUGAAAACUAUCACAGUAAGGUACUUAGUUAACAAGAAAGGUUUGAUAUUGAUAUAAAAACAGAUGCAUUGGGCCUUUAAUGUAUUUUAAUGUUAAUGGACACAAGGGCGCUCCCCUUGUGUGAACAAAUGUGAGAUUAUAGUGGUGUGCGGACUGGGAAAUCACCUGGUCAUCCAUUUUAAAUUACAUGAAUAAACUGUAAU